CUCGUAGUAGUGCUGGCGGUCUUCCGGCGUAGCGACUAGCGAGCAUGCUUAUAGUUAGUUUGUGUCCCGUCCGCGUCGAUUUUACGUGUGAAACAAAAACACGAUAAUGCGCCAGCGUUAGCAAUAAACUGUCCAUUAUUUGUUGCGAUUGUCUCCAAAUUGAAGUUACAAUCAUGUCGAAGUUGUUCGUACUAUACGAGCAUGCAGCGGGUUACGCACUGUUUUCUGUACGCGAGUUUGAGGAAAUUGGUAUGCUCUUACCCCAGGUAGAGGCAUCAGUGACAGAUUUAUCAAGGUUCAACCAAGUUGUGAAAUUAGUAGGCUUUACUCCAUUCAAAACUGCUGUCACUGCUCUGGAGAAUGUCAACAGCAUAUCUGAGGGUAUUGUUCCUGAAGAUCUACAGCUGUUUCUAGAUAUAAAUGUACCUAAAGCUGGUAAGAAGGAGAAGGUAGUACUGGGAAUUUCGGAUCCAAAGUUGGGUGCAAGUAUCACUGAAGUAUUGGGGAUCAAGUGCGAUCAUACCGGAGCUACACCAGAGAUCAUCAGAGGAAUUAGGUUUCACUUCCACAAUCUUGUGAAAGGAUUCACCUCCAAGAGCUCAGCUGUGGCUCAGUUGGGUCUGGGACACAGUUAUUCUAGAGCCAAAGUCAAAUUCAACGUCAAUAGAGUAGACAAUAUGAUCAUACAGAGUAUUGCUCUGUUGGAUCAACUUGACAAAGAUAUCAAUACUUUUAGUAUGAGGAUCAGGGAAUGGUACAGUUAUCAUUUCCCAGAGCUUGUCAAGCUUGUGCCAGACAAUUACAUGUAUGCCAAGGUUACUCAAUUGAUAAAGAACAGAAAAGAGUUGGAUCAGGAUAAGUUGGAUGCUUUGGAAGAAAUAGUGAUGGAUAGUGCCAGAGCACAAGCUAUUAUUGAUGCUUCAAAGUCAUCUAUGGGAAUGGAUAUUAGUCCUGUUGAUUUGUUGAAUAUUGAGAUGUUUGCUAUGAGAGUCAUUGCUCUUGCCGAUUAUAGAAAAGAGUUGGCUGAGUAUCUUAGAUCUAAGAUGGCUGGUGUUGCCCCUAAUUUGGCUACUUUGAUUGGAGAUCAAGUUGGAGCAAGAUUAAUUGCACAUGCUGGAUCCCUUACUAAUUUGGCAAAGUAUCCAGCAUCUACAGUACAAAUUCUUGGUGCUGAAAAAGCUUUGUUCAGAGCUUUGAAAACUCGAGGAAACACGCCAAAGUAUGGUUUGUUGUUCCACUCUACAUUUAUUGGCCGAGCAGGUACCAAAAACAAGGGUAGGAUCUCGAGGUAUUUGGCAAACAAAUGCUCUAUUGCUUCGAGGAUAGAUUGCUUUGCUGAAACUCCUUGCAAUGUAUUUGGAGAAAAACUGAGACAACAGGUUGAAGACAGAUUGAAAUUCUAUGAAACUGGAGAUGUUCCUAAGAAGAAUAUUGAAGUUAUGCAGGAAGCCAUUGAAGAAGCUUCGGCCAUAAUACCAAUGGAGGAAGAGAGUCUAAAGAAAAAGAAGAAAAAGGAUAAAAAGAGAAAGAGCGAAUUGAAUAGUAAUGGAACUUUGAAUGGAACAGUUGAGUUAAAUGGAGAUACAACUGUUGAGGCAAUGGAUGUUGACGGUGAGGAUGAGGCUCCAAAGAAGAAAAAGAAGAAGAAAAAGUCGAAGAAUCGUGAAGAAGAAGAGUAAAGAUUUUUUAUAUACUUUUUUUAAAAAAACUUUGUCAACCAUCUUGUAUGGAUGUUCAAAUUAGUAAAUAGUUUAUGUAAACUUUCUGUGAAAGUUUUCACAGUACAUUGACCUAUGUAAAUAAGCAUUUUGUUACGUAACUUCUUUCUUAUUGAUCAAAAUUUAUUAUGACGCUUAUUAGGUGAAGCUAUUUUUUCUUUUAAAUAAUGACAUUUGGAUCAACACAUUUUUUCUCCUGGAAUUGAAUAGAAUUGCCUGUUUUUCUGAAGUAAUUUAAAUUUGAUUCAUUAUAACAAAAAAUCUUAAAUCUUAGAGUAAAAAAUAUUCGGUUAUAGAAUAUUUUUCUAAUUUGUACUUUAAACUUAAUAAAAUGAAAGUUUGAAGAAACAGUUGUUACUUAUUUGAGGAUAGGAAAAAGAAUAAUAAACAAUACAGCGAUAAAGUUAUUUAUUUUUUAUUCAAGAACUCAAACAUUAAAGAUUAAAAAAAUUUAACAUUUUUCUCAUUUAUCAUCAAAUUAAUAAACGUAAAAGUUUCAUCAAAUAUUUCGUAAAAACAAAAAUAAGAGUGUAAAAUCAAGAAAAACCAUGUUAAUACCAGCACCAUGAGCAUUUAAUGAAGACAUAGCAUACUGCAACAUAUAAGUAUAUAAAUACUUAAAACAAUAAUUACAAUUCUUAAACAUUAGUGAUCUUAAAAGCUAAAUACAAAAAAAAAUUAUUAGGUUUUUUAUUUAAUAAGCUGCAUCGAGUUAAAUUCUUGUCUUUUUUUCUCAAUAUAAUGAAUUAUUGUUAAUUACAGGAAUAAAUUCAUUUAUUUAUUGCAGCUUUUUGUCACUCCAUUCACGUAUUUACAAAUAACAAGUUUUUUCAGUCUCGUUUUUUAUUUCUCGAGGUUUCUUUCUUCCAAUUGCAACUGUUGAAAAGUUUAUUAUUCCAAGACUACAUUCAUUUUACAAACUAAACUAUUACACAUUAUGUUAUAUGCUGACUUUGUCACUUGGACUCUAUUGACGUAUCCCACUUAACAAACAACAUUAAAAGAUUUUUUCUAGGGAGGGGCGAAGAGACAGCCAAGUGACGAAGCAUAUCAUCGUUAACAAAGAAAGAUGAUUAUAACUUGGCAAACCUAGCUGUUAAUCAAAUCCUUAAACACUAAGUUUUCUUUUCUUUAAAAUGAUGUGUUUCUCUCAUUGUAUAAUCUGGUGAACGAUAUGUCCCGAUUGACGUGCAUCGUGUACAAAGUAAAAAAUAGUCAAUAGUGCAUAUAUCUGUAAUAUAUUUAUCCAACAGAAAAAAUAAACUAUCUAGACUUGUGCACUUGAGUGACACAACCUCACACUUCUGCCGAAGUCUGACUCCAAAAAAAUUUUUCUCUUUGACUUGUUUUAGACGCAGACUUUAAAAUUCGCUAUCUUUCUUCAAAAUAUAAAUUACAAUUUUACAUUAUAAACAGGGUUUUCCUACAUCGAACAUCUUUUGUAUUACAAUUUAAUUUCAACUAUAUACUUGUUCCUAUUGAUUUCGUAGUUAAAGUCUACGUCUAAACAAGGCAAAAAAUCACUUGUGAUUUUCAAGCAUUAUCUAAAGGUUCUCUAGCAAAACAUUUAUAUUUGUUUCUUUUUCAAACUUCCUCGUGAAAUUGUUAUGUAUCUCUCAUUUUGUAUGUACAAAAAAGUAACGUAUAAAAGCAUACCUUCUUAAAUCUAAAAUGCAAAAAGUUGGCAUCGUAGACUCGCCGUGUUACCCAUCACUCAACAAUGAUCAAAAGACAAAUCAAGAAAAAGUAAAAUGAACGUCUUUGUUUUUUAAAGAAACAAAACUAUACACAUCUCUCUUAUUUUCAUCAUCAAAAACUACACGUUUAAGAUCACACGUAUUAAAAAAGGGCGAGGGGGAAGGGGUGCAAAAGUAGAGGUUUACGACUCGGUCUAGUUAAAAGUUUAGGAAUGGGGGAAGCACGUUAUUAUUCGUCCGACGUACUUUCAUACUAACGGUAAAAUCUUAAAAUGGGUUCUCUCUUUUUCGUGAACCGUUAAUUAUUAUCGCUUCAAUCUCCUUUUUUUCUUUCAUACUUUUUACAAUAUGUAUAAAACUUCUUGCCUGUACAACAUUUUUAUGUUGACAUGCGUGCUAUUCUGUAUUCGUUUUGAUGUAGUUUUUAAUAUCCUUUAAAAGGGAAGAUAAAAGGAGACCUGGCUGGCACUGAUUGGGGAUUAGCUCAGGAAUGUGAUGCUGUUAAGGCAUUGUCGUCGUUUCGAUCAUUGAAAAUCA